AGAAGAAGAAGAAGAACAAGUCUAGAAUCUAGAGUGAGAAAAGGACUUGUUUUUGUUGUUGUAUGAAUGAUUGAAGCGAUUGGGUUUUGCAGCGUCGAUUGAUUGAUUGAUUGAUGCUUUCUGAUUUCACUUCCACAGAGAAUUUCUUCACGACCCUUUGUUUGUUUGUUUACGGUAGUAGUAAUUAAGGUAUGUACGUAGUAGGAUCUGGGAAAUCAUUCAAGGAUUCUAUGAAGGUCCUUGAAGCCGAUAUUCAGCACGCAAACACACUGGCAUCUGAUUAUCCAAGGGAAUACGAUGGCGCCUGUGUUCAGAUGAGAUUAUCGUACAGUCCUGCUGCUCACCUGUUUCUUUUCCUAGUGAAGUGGACAGAUUGUCAUCUUGCUGGUGCUCUUGGUCUUCUCAGAAUUCUAAUCUAUAAGGUCUAUGUUGAUGGAACCACAACAAUGUCUGUCCAUGAAAGGAAAUCUAGCCUAAGCGAAUUCUAUGCUGUUAUUUACCCCUCUAUAUUACAACUUGAAAGAGGGAUUACUGAUUCUGAAGAUAAAAGACAGAAAUCUCUAUGUAUGGAAAGAUACAGAAGAAGAACAGAUGAUGUUGAUGAUUAUGAUGAUGAAGAAGAUAUUGAAAGAGAAGAAGAAUGUGGAAUCUGUAUGGAGAUUAACAACAACAAUAAGAUUGUUCUUCCCAAUUGUAACCAUGCCAUGUGUCUCAAAUGCUACCACGAAUGGUGGGCAAGAUCUCAAUCGUGCCCAUUCUGUCGUGACAGUCUAAAGAGGGUGAAUUCAUGCGAUCUUUGGGUGUUUAUGGACAGUAAAGAUGUAAUUGACAUGGAAACAGUUACUAAGGAAAAUCUCAACAGGCUUUUCAUUCACAUAGAUAAGUUGCCUCUUGUUGUUCCUACAUUGUUUGACACUUAUGAUUCUCAUCUUAGGUAGGCAAAUCAAUCAAGUUAAAAACCUGUGAAUUUCCCUUCUUAAAGAUCGAUAUCUCGAGUUAGGACUGUUUCUUAUCUUGUUUAUGUUUCUGAUUAUAACAAAACCCGGCCUGAGUUAUUCGAGGCAUCGAGGUUGGGUUUAAGAUGAGUGGUAUUUUUAGCCCAAGUGUACAUUGCUUAUUAUGUGUAUAUAUAUUUAGUUCUCUUUUGUUGAUUCCAUUUCUCAUA